GAGGCUGAACUCCCGACAGGCGAGGAGAGGUCUCCAUGGACUUCAAUAGUCCCGACUUUGUACCUUCUGUCUUUUCCUUCGCAACCCAGUGUGAAAUAGACAAAGGAGAUACAAAACUUGAGAGAUUUAAGAGAAAAAGAAAAAGGGAAGAAACCAUCCACAGACCACCAGAUGAUGUACAGCGGUCCAAAGAAGCUAGUGAUGAGGCUUCUGGAGCUUGCCUGUCCUCAGAUGACUGCAGAAUGGAGCCUGGUGCUGAUCAAUGCACUGAAGCCACAGUCCCAAAGGUUCUCCAUGAUGAUCUGAAACACAAGUACAGCCAACUUUCUACAGAGUGUGUCAACAUGCGUUUGGAGAUCGACAAACUGAAAACUGAGAAUGAGGAACUAAAGGCAACACUCAUGAAUACACAAUUUUCCUUUAGCUCUAUCAAGAGUAAAGCAGUGCAGGUUCUGUUUUUCAGAGGGCUGACCAGUGUCUUAUUUGAGUGGUUGAGUCACAAACUUAAAGACAGUGUAGAGGUUGUGCGUGGCUCUAUGAACCUGAAGGAUCAUCUAUUGCUCGUCCUAAUGAAACUUAGACUAGGGCUCUGCAACAAGGAUAUUGCUUUCAGAUUUAAUGUCACAGAAAGUGAGAUUUCAAACAUUUUGAGAAGUUGGCUCCCUGUUAUGUCUGCGACUUUAAAGCCUCUCAUAAAGUGGCCAAGCAAGCAUGCAGUAUUAAAGAAUAUGCCAAAAUGUUUUAAACCUAAAUAUAAACAUUGCAGGUGCAUUAUUGACUGUACAGAAAUUUUUAUCAAUAGACCCACAAAUUUAACCUCCAGAGCCCAGACGUACUCGAAUUAUAAAAGCCACAACACUAUUAAAUAUUUGAUUGGCAUGUCACCUUCAGGAGCCAUUUCUUUUCUGUCGGAAGGUUGGGGUGGGCGAGUUUCAGACAAACAAAUUACAGCUGAGUCUGGAUUUUAUGACCUUCUAGAGCAUAAUGAUGAGAUACUAGCAGAUCGGGGUUUUACCAUCAGAGAUGAGCUUGCCACACGUGGUGCCACACUUAGGAUCCCUCACUUUACCAAAGGUAAAAAGCAGCUCUCUGCUCAAAAAGUGGACAUAUCAAGGCGUUUGUCUAAUGUGAGAAUACACAUUGAACGAAUAAUAGGUAGAUGGAAAAAAUUUAAAAUUCUGACAACUAUUAUUCCACUCACACAGGUUGACCUGUUAGACGAUAUAGUGAUUGUUUGUGGAGCACUAACAAACCUUUGUAAAUGUAUAGUCCCAAGAUAGCUUAAUUUAGAUUUAUUCUGUAAGUAACUGUUUAUUGUCAUCAACACAAUUAAUUGCACAUUCAAGUGUUAAAAUGUAAAACAUUAGUACUGUAUUAAAUCAUUUGCUUAGAAGAAAAUUUCAUUCUGACUUGUUUUUUUUUGCACUGUUCACAACACCAAUCCACAACCUUUCUUCUUACUCUGGCACAUGUGUAGUGGAAAUGGUUCUUGCACUAUGCACAGUCAAUCAUCAUUCCAAAGUCUGGCCUUUGACAGUGUGAGCAGACUGUAGGUGACUGCAUCAGUGGAUCCAUGCUGCGUGUUAACAGCUCAGGCAAAAUACUCUGUUUGAAGAACUUUUCAGCUUUAGGCAGGACUGCUUGUAGCAUUUCUUCAUCUCUGGUGAUGCGGUUGAUAGCAACAACUUGCUUUGUCCAAACCACAAAGUCGCAGUACUGGGUGUUGCAUACAAACAUGUGUAGCUGAACUUGAUGGUAGUAUUCAUGAUUCUUCUUUAAUUGUAGUGCUUUGUCUAAGCAGAACUGUGUGUCCUCGCUACUCCCUGUAAGACCAUCACGGUAUUUGUAUGGACACUUAAUCUCUAGGGUUGCUUUCCCACAGCAGGUACAGUUUGCUAUUCCAUCCGGCGAUGCCCCAAGAUGUGGUUUGUCUGGCCGCACAA